CAUCUUGCCGUCUACAGGUCAUCGUCGUCUCAAACACACCUGGGCUUUCGUGCGGCUAGUGCAUUUCUUGAAUUUACUUGAACUCGUUCAAUUUGAUUUUAAAAGCUUUGUCUCCCACCAAUCUUCCCGCUGUUACCGGACGCGCCAUGGGUGGUCUCACGGAUAUCGAAGUCAAAGGGUCCGAUGUGCUCUCUGCUCUUCGGCUCUCUCAACAGGCCCCGGCAAUUCUCGGACAUGGCCCAGCACUAACCACGAACGCGGGUUCGUCCAAGGCCUCACGGGACACGGCGGAGGAAUAUGGCCGGAUUGAACAGCUUUUCCUUGCCUGCCUGCAAACUGGAGACGAUAAAUCUGCACAGGUAUGCCUUGAUCGCUUGAGUCACCGCUUUGGUCCCUCGAACGAGAGAGUCAUGGGGCUGCGUGGUUUGUAUCAAGAGGCUACUGCGAAAGAUCAGCCGGCUCUAGAGAAAUGUCUGGCGGAAUAUGAGGCAAUCCUUUUGGAGAGUCCCGUCAAUGUGCCCAUUAUGAAACGCCGAGUCGCUCUGCUUCGUUCCCUUCAGCGGCCCUCCGAUGCUAUUACCGCUCUCAUCCAGCUUCUCGAUGCCAUCCCCACGGAUGCCGAGGCCUGGGGGGAGCUGGCCGAUCUAUAUCAAUCCCAAGGACUGGGUUCACAGGCGAUCUUCAGCUUGGAGGAGGCACUGUUGAUCGCCCCAAAUUCCUGGAACAUUCAUGCCCGGCUAGGCGAAUUGCUCUACGUCUGCUCCUCCGCCUCUUCUGAUGGGGACCCAGCCCGACUUGCUGGCAAGUCGGUCCAACAUUUCUGCCGGAGUAUUGAACUCUGCGAUGAUUAUCUGCGGGGUUUCUAUGGUUUGGUCUUGGCCACCUCCCGUAUGCUCGAUCAAAAGUACGCUCCCGAGAGUCCCUCCGACCUGGCCGUUCCAUCUCGGAAAACGAUCCAGCAACUCCAGGCAUUUGCCCUUGGGCGACUUGAGCAUAUUGUUCAGUCCCGCUCGGUGGACGAUCAACAUUGGGCAUCCAGUCGGAGUGAACUGAUUGCGGCCAAAGAGCUACUGAAUCGCUUUGCGUCGCCCAAAUGAUGAUCGACCGUUUUACGAUGCUUUUCUUCGGAUACCCUAAUCAAAAUCUAAUCAACACGUUUCUUAUUAUGAGGAUGUCAAGAAUGUCUCUCUGACUCUCUUGCUGUGCUUUUAUAAAACAUGCUUCAUGCUUAGGAUCUCCUUGAUGGCAACACGGCCGAUAUGACCGGCGUGGUGGUGGUGGCUGUACUAGGAGGUGUUUGGGGGCGGGAACGCGCAGAGUUGCUGAUGAUGGGCUGCCCAAUGCCGUGAACGUGGUCAGUUGCGUUCUAAUUUCGGUGGUGGAUGAUGUGGGAAUUCUAUUGGAUUGCCCUCGAGUAAAUAGGCAUGGCUGCAUUUCUGAGCAGGGAUUGCCCGACGAGUUUGCACCUCCAAAGUGGCAUUAGGUGGUUAUCUUGAUGCCAUCUACAUGGCUCUUUGAGACUUUGAAUGUUCGGGGAUGGGUUUUAUCCGCCCAAGGAAAAUGACGCGGCAACUGAUUCUGAAUCGGUCCGUAUGUAGGGAGGGUUCUGUAGUUACCUCUGUCAAAGACCUAUAAGGCAUUGACCCGGCGGGCCACAUCGAAGGCUCAGCUUCUCUCUGUUUCUGUUGAAGCCAAGGUUUGAUAGGCUGGUUUUCCUACCGUUUGAUGUGUACCCAAUCGAGCCUGGAUGGACGGAGCUCGGGGCUCGUUGGUUGCAAAAUGAAUAGGAUUGGUGGUUGCACGAUCGAGAUUCGUAAGCGUCGGACUCGGUGAGGUAUGUAAUAGCAUAUAUCAUCCAUCUAUCGUGUACUGGCUAUGUAUUCUAGGCUAGAAGGUCAUGAUGUAUAUAUAUAUAUAUAUAUAUCACCAACGGUAGUACGUGGUAUCUACUUCAAUUCGGGAUCGCG